AUGGACCUAGGCAACAACAAGUCGUUCCGCGAGCUGGUGCAGUCGCUGCGGCGCACGCACGGCGACCCGAGCGUGAUGCAGCGCGCCUUCACGCCCAGCGUGGAGGAGAUCCAGCAGUACGGCAUCAAGAGCGCCCAGUUUAUCACGGCCUGCACACUGGACGACGCCAAGUGCUCCCACCAGGACUUUUAUCAGUGGCAGAGUGACGGUUACGGCAACUGCUUUACGUUCAACUCUGGGUUCCGCUACGCCUGGAACCAGGCCACCGGAAAGCUGGAGCACGUGAAGCCCAACAAAACCAGGACGUUUGGGUCCAAGGCGGGUCUGCGCGUCACUCUGAACGUGGACGCCGGCCACUACUCGUCGCUGCUGACCCCGGACGUGGGUGUGCGCGUGGUGGUACACCCCACCGACCAGCUGCCGUUCCCGGAGGAGCGCGGCUUCAGCGUGGUGCCCGGCUUCACCACCGCCGUCGGCAUCAGCAGGAAGCGGAUCCACCGCGUGGGCCCGCCGCACGGCGUGUGCCGCGAAUUCGCCGAGUUCUUCGGCGGCCGGGAACUGCGUUACACGACCACGGCGUGUCAGAAGCGAUGUGUGGAGCACGCCAUCCGCACCAAGUGUCAAUGCAUGGAGUCGGUGAACCGCGACCUGACCAUGGGGCUGACGCGUGGACUGGCGCGCUGCAACCCGCUCGUCAACAGCACCGCAGACCGGUGCCGCCAGCAGGUGAAAUCCCAGUUCAGCCGCGGCAAGAGCACCUGUGACUGCCCGCCCGCCUGUCUUGAGGACCGGUACGAGAAGGCUCUGUCGAUGAGUCUGCCCAACAAGCACUACUACCGAAUCAUGCGCAACUUCACCGACGAGUUCACCGGCACCGAUCUCUGUGAAUCGGACAACAUCUCGAACAGCACGAUCAGACUACAGGUGUACCUGGAGGACCCGUCGUUCGAGUACAUCCACGAGUCGCCGGCCUACUCUGUGGAGUCGCUCGUCUCCAACAUUGGCGGCGUGAUGGGCCUCUGCCUGGGCCUGUCGGCGCUGACGCUAGUCGAGAUGGCCGAGUACCUGGUGGAGCUGACCGUCAGCGGAUGGAGCAACUGGCGCAACCGCGGCGAGCGCGCCGCCAACCGCUCCGGCAUCAAACGCGUCGAGGUGCUGCCCUCCGACCCCAGCACCGGCAUGCAGUGUGUCACCAUCAUCCACACGUUCGAGCGGCCGCCGCCGACCGUCGUCGAGGAGCCGCCGCCGCCCAAACCGCCGCAGGCAGAGCGCGAGGCGCAGACCAAGGUGUCGCUCACGUUCUUCGGCAAGCGGAAGCUGCGCGCCAAGAAGGUGGCCGACGCCAAGAAAUCACGCUCCAAGAGGGCGCACAAGCGGCGCUAGUCGGCCGGCCGCCGGCCGCUCGGGCGUGUGGAUGGGUCAACGACCGCGCCUGGAUGAAGCCGUGAGCCGGC